AUGGAAAAAAUAGAGCACACAACGGUUCACACCAACGGAAUAAAAAUGCACGUUGCAUCAAUCGGUUCAGGUCCAGUCAUACUCUUUCUCCACGGCUUCCCUGAGCUUUGGUAUUCAUGGCGUCAUCAGCUUCUCUCCCUCUCCGCUCUCGGUUACCGCGCCGUCGCACCCGACCUUCGCGGCUACGGUGACACCGACGCGCCGUCUUCUCCUUCUUCUUACACCGCUCACCACAUCAUCGGUGACCUCGUCGGACUUCUCGAUGCUCUGGCUGUGGAUCGAGUGUUUUUGGUUGGGCAUGAUUGGGGAGCUGCUAUGGCGUGGUAUUUUUGUUUGUUAAAGCCUGAUCGUGUUAAGGCUUUGGUUAAUAUGAGCGUUGUUUUUCGGUCUAGGAACCCUAGUAGAAAGCCUGUUCAAACUUUGAGGGCUUUGAUGGGUGAGGAUUAUUAUAUGUGCAGGUUUCAGAAACCCGGGGAGGCUGAAGAAGAGUUCGCACAUGCUGGUGCCACAAGAGUAAUAAAAUCAUUUCUUACCAUUCGUGAUCCACGUCCACUUUGUGUGCCAAAGGAGAUAGGAUUUGGAGGUUCCCCUAACACUCCUAUUACUUUACCUAAAUGGCUUUCCGAAGAAGAUGUGAAUUAUUAUGCUACCAAAUUUGAACAGAGUGGCUUCACGGGUGGGCUAAAUUACUAUCGCGCUCUUGACCUAACCUGGGAACUGAUGGCACCAUGGACUGGAGAUCAGAUAAAAGUACCUGUCAAGUUCAUUGUAGGAGACCUGGACCUUACAUAUAACACGCCAGGCGUUAAGGAGUAUAUACAUAAUGGUGGCUUUAAGAGAGAAGUACCAUACUUGCAAGAAAUGGUUGUGAUGGAAGGAGUAGCUCACUUUAUAAAUCAGGAAAGGCCGGAAGAGAUCAGCGCGCACAUAUAUGACUUUAUCAAGAAGUUUUAA